GGAAUAGUAGUGCUCUAGUCUGAUGGGUACUUUCCUUGUGCAUUUCUUGGAAGCUGGCAAAUUUACGCUUCAACGUCAAGAAGACACAAAUCUUUCCUCUUCCUCCUCAGCUCCUCCUCCUCCUUUUCCUCCCUCGUAAGUUUUAACUCCGGACAUUCCGACUUAGUACUAUAUUACUACGUCGUCGGUCCACCUCCUUUUUCCCUGCUACUCAAAUAGUCUAAAAAUCUUUCAAAAGCACCAAUCUUCUCUCUUCCCACCUUUCUUUUUCCUUUUUUUUUGGGUUGAAAUGGCGGUACUGAACCGCUUAAUAUCAAGAAGCCGAGGCUGCUCGGCAAUAAUAUUGAGCUCCUACCCGUAUUCACAUUCAAUCCGGAGUUUCUGUUUCAAGUCAUGCGAGAGUAGUGGGAUCAACUUACCCCCCAUAGUACCAUCACCGUCUUCAACCUCAACCCCUGCUUCUCCCGGUCCCUCUGUAAUUCCAACUCCUCGGGAAGGCAGAAAUGUCCAGUGGGUUUUUCUGGGCUGCCCUGGGGUCGGCAAAGGAACCUACGCCGCUCGCCUCUCCACUCUUCUCGGUGUCCCCCACAUCUCCACCGGUGAUCUCGUUCGCCAUGAGCUCUCCUCCCAGGGUCCUUUGUCUUCUCAGCUUGCUGAGAUUGUCAACCAAGGAAAAUUGCUUUCAGAUGAGAUCAUAAUAAAUCUUCUUUCCAAGCGUCUUGAAGCUGGAGAAGCCAAUGGUGAAACUGGAUUCAUUCUUGAUGGCUUUCCUCGAACUAUAAGACAGGCGGAAAUUCUGGAGGGGGUAACCGAUAUUGACUUGGUGAUUAAUCUGAAGCUACGGGAAGAAGCAUUACUUGCCAAAUGCCUUGGAAGAAGGAUUUGUAGCGAGUGUGGAGGGAACUAUAAUGUUGCCUGCAUUGACAUCAAGGGUGAAGAUGGAAGCCCUCAAAUGCACAUGCCUCCCCUUCUUCCUCCGCCAAAUUGUGAAUCAAAACUAAUCACAAGGUCUGAUGACACUGAAGAAGUUGUGAAGGAGCGCCUCCGAGUCUACAAUGAAAUGAGCCGACCUGUGGAGGAAUUCUAUCGAAGGCGUGGGAAAUUGCUGGAGUUUGAUCUUCCUGGAGGGAUUCCUGAAUCCUGGCCUAGGUUGCUUCAAGCCUUGAAUCUUGAUGACAAUGACAACAAAGAGUCAUUAGCUGCUUGAACAUUCACAGCUGCGGGUAGUUGUCGUAGUCGUAUAAAUGGCAGCUUUUUCCUGGUUAAGUAGUUAAAUCAUUCUUUGCAUGUGUGAUGUACAUGCCCACCUCAAUGAAAUUGAAGUCAUAUUUGCGUACAUGAUUCCAUACAACAAAGACCUCCUUCCACUUCCAUUAGUCAAUUAAACAUUAAGUUCCCUGAAGGGGUUUCCUGGAGAGCACUGGGAUUUGAGCUGAUGCAGGAUGUGAUUACUUGUACUGUUGUAAGAUAUAUGAUGCGGAUGGUAGUCGAUUAAUGCUUUUUUUUUUUUUCAAAUAAAUAUCCAAACACUGCAUUGUUAUUUUGUUA